AUGAAGUACUGGUUUCUGGGCAUCGCUGCCCUGGCCUUGCUUCAUCCUACAGAUGGGCAUGUACAUCAUCACCACCAAUUAUCCAAACGGGCCCUACGUCAUGAAGGAGCCGCACAGCCAUGCCCGAAAGCAACUCUAACGAAUACGGUGAUUGUUCAACUUGAUCAAGCAGGGCACACGGUAGAUGUGCGGGUCCAAUCCGCGAGACCGUCGGUUCAUCGCGAGGUGUCAACAUCUUCAGUAUCGUCCCCCAAAACAAGAACAUCUGCCUCCUCGACGUCCAAAAUAGCCCAAUCAAACAGACACAUAAUCCCCCAACCGUCCGCACUGAGUCACCUCCCCGACCCUCUGGACUUGAAUUUACUGCAUGAUCCAUCAAUUCCCUUCUUCGGCAAACGCAGCAACUACGGCAUCUCCUACUCCCCCUACAAAGCUGACAGCACCUGCAAGAACCAAGACGAAGUAAGCAAUGAAAUCAAGAAACUUCGACAAUUCUCCUUCGUGCGCUUUUACGGAAUAGAUUGUGACCAAGCAGAGACCGUCACUAAUGCCGCGAGACAAAACGAUAUGAGGGUAUUUGCGGGACUAUAUAACAUUGACGACAUUGAGAGGGACUUGAAAAAGAUCAUUGAGGCGGCGGAUGGGGAUUGGUCGACUUUCCAUACAGUCUCGAUUGGGAAUGAGCUUGUGAACAGAGGCGCAAAGAGUCCCGAGGAGGUCGUUGGGGCCGUAAAUUCUGCGCGCACUAUACUCCGUCGAGCUGGUUAUCAAGGGCCGGUUGUGACGGUUGAUACAUUCAAUCAGAUGAUUGCUCAUCCAGAACUGUGCGAUGAAUCCGAUUAUUGUGCCGCGAAUUGUCAUGCUUUCUUCGACUCAAAUCAGACGCCCGAGAAUGCGGGCCCGUAUGUCCUUGAGCAAGCGCGUCAUGUCUCCCAGGCCACGAAGCAUGGUAACAAACCGGUAUUAAUAACUGAGACUGGCUGGCCAUCGGCUGGAGAACCGAAUGGUAAUGCCGUGCCGUCAAGACAUAAUCAGAUGAUUGCAUUCAAGAGUUUGAGGCGGAGUUUUCCGCAGGGGGGGAUUGUGUUUUUUAGUGCGUUUGAUGAUAAGUGGAAGCAGGAUAAUGCUUGGACUUUUGACACGGAAAAACAUUGGGGGCUUUAUGGGUUGGCGAAGUCUGUUGGUGGGUUUCCGCAUUUGAUUGGUUCAUUGGAGGAUGAGGCGUAA